CACAAAAAUGUUGUUUUCUUUUCUUACUUACGAGAACAUGCAACGAAACACACAAAGUUCUUAUUCUUUUCUUCCACCAUGCACCAAAUUUAAAAUCCCUUUCUUUCCUUCUCCUUCUUCUUCUCUCUCUGCAACUUUACUACAAAACCACAAAUUCCAACGUAGUUAAUUUCUCAAAAGCAUCAUCACCAUUUAUUCAUUCAUUCAUCAACAAUCUCCAACGUUUCACACACCAAAAUGCACAACAACGACCACAUACCCGUUCACCACGUCCAUGGUCCGAACCCGAAAACCAUGAAACUGAACCGGCACCGCUCGGUCCGCUACUACGUCCAUCGGGUCCACGAAAGCCUCACAACGCGGGUCUCCAAAAUGAUCUGCGCCACCUUCUUGGGCCUCCUUUUCAUUUUGGGCCUCAUCGCCUUCAUCCUCUGGCUCAGUCUCCGGCCCCACAGGCCCAGGUUUCACAUCCACGAGUUCAACAUGCCCGUCCUGGCCCAAAAUUCUGGGUUCCAAAACGCCGUCGUAACGUUCAAGGUGUCCGCGCGAAACGCCAACCAGAACAUCGGGGUUAACUAUGAGUCCAUGGAUGGAGCGGUUUUUUAUCGGGACCAAAAAAUCGGGUACACGCCGUUACUCUCUCCGUUUUAUCAAGAGCCCAAGAACACGACGGAGGUGGACGGCGAACUUAGCGGCGCCUCGUUGACCGUUAGUAGUGAGCGGUGGUCGGAGUUCCAGAGCGAUAGGGCUGACGGUAGCGUGGUGUUCCGCUUGGAAUUGACGUCUGUGAUCAGGUUCAAGAUUUCGUCGUGGAAGAGCGAGCGCCACACGAUGCACGCCAACUGUAAUGUGGGAGUGGGAUCCGACGGUUCUCUCUUGACCAAUUUCAAGGACAAGAGGUGCCCCGUUUAUUUCUCCUGAGGUUAAUUAAGAAAAUGAGAGAUACUUUUUUCACUAAUUUCUUUUUUACUAUAAU